GUUCAGUUUGCACAACCCACACCCACCAUUUAGGCGCUAACUGCGUCUUUUUCUCCAUCGUUUCCCCAGAGUCUUUUCAUAUACGCGACCGACCUUUUUUUUCGUGGAGGUUUCGAAAGGAGACCGCAAUUUGUCGCAAUGUCCGGCGAAGAAUCCUCCCAGCCGUCGCACGUCCCGGCGUGGAAAAAGUUAGGCUUGAAGCUCAAGUACGCCAAGGACUCCGAAGAAGAGGAGAAGGAAAAUACAGACAAGGGUGAAAAGAAGGAAAAGAAGGAGAAGAAGGACAAAAAGGAAAAGAAGAAAGAUUCAAAGAAGAAGAGUAAUGCUGAAGCCGAAGCCGAACCCGAGCCAGAGGAUAAGAAGUCGCGCAAGAACAAAAAACGACGACUUGAUGAUGAUAACGAUGAGCGGGACGAAAAAGAACAACCUGCAAUUGAGGAAAAAGACGACGAGUCCCGCAAGAAAAAGAAGAAGGUGUCUUUCUCAACUGAGGUAGAGGAGAAGGAGGUGCCGAGUCGUGAUGCCCAAAGCGAUGUCGAUAUGGAUGCCGAUGCCGAUGCCGACGCCGACGCCGAGGAUGGAGGGAAGAAGCAGAAGAAGAAGAAGAAGGAGAAAAAGAAGAAGAGGGAUCAGUCGGCCGCUGGAGAUUCAGCGAGUGAUGCGUCCCCGAAGAUUCAUGAGACACCUAUUCUCUCCUACCUGAGUCUUUACUACAAACAUCGGUCGGCGUGGAAGUUUCAGAAGAACCGCGAAACACAUCUCUUCAAACAUGUUCUUUCGUUGGAGCAGGUGCCGACUCAAUAUAAUGCUGCUCUUCUUGUGUAUCUUCAGGGCUUGAAGAGUGAAGGUGCUAAGCAGCGGUUACGUGAGAUUGCUGAGGAGGCCGUGAAGGCAGAGAUUGAGGAGGCUUCAUCCGAUGACAAGGAUGAAAGCGCCGUGGACGAGUCUGAGGAACAUGUCCCGUCUGAGAAGGAGAACUAUAAUAGUGCAGUUGGCGCCUUCAGGGAAUGCUUGUCCCAGGGCAAACAAGAUGAGCUGAAUACGACUGGAUCUACGGAUAAGCUGGAAGGCGAUGCGUUGAAGAAGCUUGAGAUGAGACAGCGAGCGGAGCUCGUCUUGUAUGCAGUCAAUGGCACGCUGUUCAUCUUCGAGAAGCCAAAGCCUCUGGCGCAGAAAGGAAAGGGCGCGAAGAACCAGAACCAAGCAAAUAAGAAGAAAAAGAAGAAGAACCGGACUGCUGUUGUGGAAAUAUCAAGCAGCAGUGAGAGUGAAAGCUCUAGUGACAGUGACAGCGACAGCGACGACGAUGCUGCUGCCAGCAAAAAGAAGAAUGAGAAGCCCAGAGAUUCGUCUUCUGAUUCGAGCAGUGACAGCGAUUCUGAAAGCACAAGCUCGAGUGAUUCGUCAUCCUCGUCGUCAUCUUCCUCUUCCUCUUCCUAACUUCCAUUGCAUAGGUUCUUCGGGCCUAUUAUCUCGUCUUUUUCUCCUACAUUUCUGCUCGAGGUGGCUCACUUGGAGUCCAUACUCAUACGGUGAAACAUCGUCAAAAAGUUCUCAAGGAUUACGUUCGAAAAGUCUUUAGCGAAAAGUUGGAUACCUGGUCUAGGCAUAUGAAGGAGUUCGUCAAACUGAUGGCAUGAUUCGCCUGUUGUUAGUUGCCAUGUAUACCCAGUAUAUACGGAUAGAAC